CUGAUUUGCUUUGGAGCAGAUGGAUGAGGUGGCGUGUGAUGAAAACACUGAAGCAAAGUGCCUGAAAAUUAAAGUGAAGAACUGCACUUUAGUUAAUUUACCGUAUGAUUUUCCAGCUCUGGUUUAAAAGCAGUGAGAUCUGUGUGAUGUAAUGGAGACAGAGACCCAAAGAGUGCAUCAUUAAACAGGCCUGAACCUGAGCGUGUGUGGUAGUGUGAGUGUGUGAGUGUUUUCACUCUGGUAUUACCUGGAAAUCUUCACACGACAAACACACAUCAAUCAUCCUGCAGAAACAUGAUGUCACCUCUAUGAGAUGUUUGUAAUGUGGAUAUUAAACGGCUUCAUCCCAAGUUUUCCUGCUGAGGAUGCAAAGACAGAUUUAUCAACGGCGGCCCAAAUGAGGCGAGCUGAAAAGAAUCAUCUGAGCAUGCUAAAUGAAGAGGUGUUUCGAGUCCUCAGUUGGUUUGUCACAUAAACUGAGUGAGUAAAAUAGGGAUGGGUUAUUGUGUCAGCAGAAACAUCUAAAUCCUGCAAAAGCCAGAGCAGACUCCGCUGUCUACAGUAGGGCUGCUCAAUAACAGACAAAAUAACAGUGUGCUCUUCAAUGUCAACACACACGUCCUCCCACCUCACCUCCUUCAUUCUUCAUGUUAGUUAUAUAAAUACACGUAUUUUUUACUAGUCUAGAGGCUGGAAAUGUGGUAGUAAAGACGGGAACGGAGUACAUUGAAUACUUAGGUCUAUAUUUGCUCAGGGCUUCUGUAUCUUACAAAAUAUUUACAGUAAGUGUCUCAUCCCACUGAGCAUUUUUUGGUCUAAAAGAGGUCUAAUAGACGUCUAAAUGUAGCCUAGACGACUGGUCUAAAAUCGGGCUACCACAGGUCUAAAAAAAAUGUCUAAAUUUAGACCAAGUUUAGACCAAGUCUAAAUCUAGGCUAUAUCUAUACUACACUGUAUAUUGCUCAACGGCUAUCAUAAUUAUUUUGGUUAAGUACUCAGUUCCUUUUUGAAGUAAAUAGCCAUCGAAUAAUGGGUUUAAGUGCAACGUCUAAGUUCUGUCUAAAAAUAUACAGAAUCUAGACGGUUGAAAUUAGGUCUAAAAAAAAAACUAGACGUCUAAUAGCCGUCUGUUGCUCAGUGCGAUUAUACUCACGAAGGCUGAGCGGCUGAGAGAAAGUGAAGUCUAAAGAAGUUUGAGUCCAGAAGGAGGCAGUGCUGGAACGUUAAGACAGAGACAAUGAGAUUUCCGGGCUUGACGCUGCCCCUGAACGCAGCAGCAGCCAGUCUUUUCUCAGUGAGGCUGAGAAAAAAAACUUAAACCAACUCCAGGCUGCACCGAGGAAACACCGCGAGGACACGAGAGACGAUAACGGCCAACUUUCUGUCACUUUUGACUCAAGUUUGAACAAAAACCUUACAGAGAAACGUCGAGAAAACCGUAAAAGAUGCCGGCCACAGAGAAGGACCUGGCUGAGGACGCUCCGUGGAAGAAGAUCCAGCAGAACACCUUCACACGCUGGAUCAACGAGCACCUGAAGUGCGUCAACAAGCGGAUCGGGGACCUGCAGCUGGACCUGGGCGAUGGCCUGAGGCUCAUUGCCCUGCUGGAGGUCCUCAGCCAGAAAAAGAUGUACAGAAAGUACCACACCAGGCCGAACUUCAGGCAGAUGAAGCUGGAGAACGUGUCGGUGGCUCUGGAGUUCAUUGACAAGGAGAACAUAAAGCUGGUCUCCAUAGGUGAGUCCAUUCAUUCGUCUGGAAGCUUCUCUGGGGCUCCGAACUCACCCGAAACUUACUCUGCUUGUUCUUGAUGUCUACAUGUCAGAUAAGUUUACAUAAGUAAUGCAACCUGUCAAAGAAGCUUUUCUCCCAGUCCUCCCAGUUAACCGCACAAUCCCACCGUUUUUGUCGUGGCAAAUACAAAUCCCGUUUAAAAACCUGCCACUUAAAGAUAUUUUUGAUUCCCUGAACACGCAGUUGAGAAAUUUAAUAUACUAAGUAUAUUAAUUGAAUGAUUUAUACGGCUUCUUCAAUUCGGCUAACAUUUAAAACACAAAGCGGCUAAUAUUUUGUGUAAAAUAUAUGAUAUUUAUUGGAGACACGCUGUUUGCCACAGCCCACCUGGCUGCUUUUAGCAAGGUAACAGCCAUGGGCUACAGUGGGGGAAAAGUUAAGAAGUUCAUAUUUGAUAAAAGUAGCAUUAAAUGAGGGCAUAUCUGAUAAUCCAUGGUGCAGUAUGUCCCUGACUAACCUAAGUUGUAUCCCCAGACAAAGUUUUUCUUUGUUGAAAGUCCAAACAUCCAUCAAUAAUUUGGCGAUUUUAAUUUUAAUCUAUUAUUUUUACAUGAAUAGAUGAAUAUAAAAUAACAGUAAAUGGUGUCUUAUGAAGCUUUUGGAUACACUCUUUAAUUCGGCUUAAAUUUUCACUCAAAAUAAUGAUAUUCAUAAAAAAGUUCCUGUUUUUUGAGGGUGUACACGGUCUGCAGCCGCCCACCUGGCUGUGCUUGAUAUGCGGUUCUUUGAAUCCGCAGGGAAACUAGUUUUAAAGGUUAAAUUUUGACUGUAAGUACUGCUGUUGUCAGGUUUUUCCUCAUGAAACAGCCAAGAGUGACUUUGGAAGUUUUAAUCAAGUUGUUUGCCAGUAUAAAUGUGAAAGUCCAAAGUUCAAUUCACACCUUUUCCUUUGAUUUGUGAGGAAGUUUUCCCGGGAUUUCCAGGUGCUAACCAAAGAAAGCAUGCAGUUUAAGAAAUGUGUCUUUGUAAAGGAAAUUACACAACUUAAGUGUUUAAAUGAGAUGAAUCUCCCUUUAGGCAUUUUAUGUGCCUGAUCAACCGUUUGCCAGCGGCUCUUGUGGUCGCGCCAAACUGCCUUAAUAAAUUUAGCAGUUUUACAUUUCCUUGUCCAGUCAUGUCGAUACAGUUAAUUUAACACAUCUUGUUGGAACUCAAAACAAACUUGAGCUGAUCUCAAAAUCGGCAUCCACACGACUCAUUUUAGAUCACGUGUUUUAUUUAAAAUCUUGAAUUUGUACAGCAAGUCAUGCCCCUGCUGCCGUUAACUGGAGUGUAAAAAUGUGUGAUGAAAUCUGGAGCUGAAUCACCUGUAAACUUCACCGUCUUAGAGAAGUGGGAGUGACUGAUGAGGACAUGAGUUUCUAAGGAAAUGUGUCACACUGAAGUGUCAGAUGUGUGGAUGGAGUUUGGCAUGUUUUGGGUGUGAGGCUCUCCACAUGACAACAGCAGAGUGUUUUAAUGAGCAGACUCCUGCAGAGAGAAAACACACCUGUGUUAAUGAGCCCGGCUUCCUGUGAAGAGGUGAAGUUUGUUAUAUGAAAAUACUUCACACCGUCUUUAAAAACCCAUAAACUCGAGCUUUUGUUAAUGAGGUUUGUCAGCAGCAUGAGAACAAACGCUCAGUUUUACUGCUUUAUAUUUCUCUAACAGGAGGUUUGUUAUUGAGACAAAUACAUUAUUUCUGUCACUGUCUCUAUGACUGUAAUCUGUUUGAUAAAUACUAAAGUGUGUUGGAGGAAACUUAACACUUGUGGAUAAAAUGAAUGAAAUAUGAACAGUUCAAUAAAAAUUUAGUUGUUUUCGGGAUUAAAAACAGACGUGACUCUGUAGUGGAAAUCCCCACAUGGGCUUAAAAUCGCUCCUGAAAGUCACAGUCUGUGAGCACAGCUGACCUCUGCAUCCACAGAUGCAGAUUUAAACUGUUUCAUGUAAAGAAGAAACACACAAGUGUCCUCUCUGGACCCCUUUGAGGAUGGACUCAGGGUUUUGGGUUUAAAUGAAAACCAUCUAAACCCAAUUUUGACCAACUCAGCAGGUCAGCUUCACUUGGAAUCAUCUCAGAUACAGUAUUGUUUAUUUGUGGUGCUUUAAAGUGUUUGAUAAAUGUACUUGCAUCCUCACUUUGUGUUUUUCUGGGAAUAUAGGUGCACAGAUCUUGUUAUUUUGAGCGUGACUGUUCUUUUAAAGCUACUUCUGUACUUUUACUCAAAAUUCUGUUUAAUUCGUGGUGAAAUCUUCUUGUUUGGUUUCUUGUUUGUGAGCUGAGUAUCCCUUUCCUCUGAUCUGAGGUGCUCAAAGUGCAGAUUUGAGUCCAUGAGUGACUGUGAAUGUAGCCUCGCUUUGUGUUUUUGCAGCCCUGCCUCUGUCGACGGGCAAAUGGAGAGAUUUCAUGGCCUCGCACACACUCCAACUGUCUUGUUUUAAUAGGAAACAUCUCAGAGUUUCAUUAGUGACAUCAUCUGAAGUCUGUGGUCUGACCUGUGGGUGGGACCAGGUGUGAUGGGAACUCUGGAGUCCAGGAUUCUUGUUCCUGCUCUUUUCAGGAGUUCUGUUUGCUCUCUGACUCAUCCUGGACUCAUCAAACGUUUUAACUCAGACUCACGGAAAUAUUAAAGUCACGUGGGUCAAUCUUUGGGUCUAAAUGAGUCCUUCAGACCUUUUAAACCACACCAGAGUCCAUUUAAAUCCAGACCGCUUUGGUUUGAAGUGGACCAGGAGUGCUUUUUUAGAUCCAGCAGAAGUUUUUCUACUAAAGGAGACAACCGGAAGUCUGAGAUGAGCUCCGACUCUGGAGUGUGUGACCGUCCUGACUCACUGAGGCUGCUCCGUUUGUUUGGUGUGUGUUUUAGUGCACGUUUGUGUGUGUUUGGUGAUGAAGCUGCAGAGGUCUGAGCGUGUGCAGUGAUGUUAAACUGUGAAGGUCUGAUUUUCCACAUGAGAAAGGAGGAAAUGUCUGACUGGGUGGUGGCGGGUGGGGUUCAUGAACACACCCGCUCUCUCACACACACACACACACACACACACACACACACACACACACACACACACACACACACACACACACACACACACACACACAGAGUGAGGUGGUGCUGGUUGUGAUUCAGGUUUCAGAAAACACACAUACUGGCAGAUUUUGAACAGUUGAUUUUUAUGUUUGGGAAAAGUAUUUUCAAUGAUUUUAUAAUCAUGAUUCAGAUUAAGUUAUUCACAUUUUAUUUUUAAUAGAAGUCUCUAAAUUGUGAGAUUUUUUCAAAACUUAAUUUUUUGUAUUUUUUGUUCCGUACUCGGUCAAAACUUGCAAAAAAGGCGCACAUGUCCAAGAUUUCUGACCGUAUCAGCUGCAGACCUCAAGCAACUCUAAAAACACUCGUUACAGUCAGAUUAAAAUAUGCAAAUGUCUGUGAGUCAGAAGUUUGGCUCCAUCAUAAGACGACUGUUAAGUUUAAUGCCUGAAGAUGAUCAUGUCUCACUGUGGCUCCUCUGAUAUCCACCUGCAUGAGGUUUUAUAUUUAGAUAAGGAAAGUCAGAGUUUAUUUAUGCAGCACAUUUAAUAACAACCACACAAAGAUUAACCCCAGCCUGAAAAUACAAAUUCAUUUUAAUGAAAUGACCACAUCAUGAUGACACAACUUAAAUCUUACAAAUUUAUAUCCUCAGACCCAAAAUAAAGCAGAUUUGCUCAGUAAUAUUCCCACUUUGCCCUUCUGAAACUUAAUCCUUAUCAAAUGUAGGUUUUUGUGUGUGUGUGAAACUAUGUGACUUUUUAAAAAUUUAUUAAUCAUCUUUGACUUUUUAUGACCUUAUACUCAGAAUUAUGUGACUGUAUUCUCAUAAAUUUACAAUAGUCACAUUAUUAUGAGACUUUUUUCUGUAUAAGUUUUACAGUUUGUCCUUAUUCGUCCUUACAAAGUUAUGACCUCAAACCCAGAGUAUUUUGACUUCUUUUCAUAAUAUAGCCAGUUUGUUCUUGGGUCAAUGACGUGACGAAGUUAAAAAAGGUUUAAAUGCACAAAAAUUAUACUUUCUAUAUGUAGUAUCUCUCUCAUAUAUAUACGUAGUCACCUCAACUUCUCAAAAAUCAGGUCUUAUUUGUAAUUUUUCUACACUUCAAAGUGUCAAAAUAUCAUGUGAUGCGACCACUAAUAACAUUAAUUGUAAUGUAGUCACUUAACUACAUUUAAUAUAGUGACUGUGAGAUUAUAGAGCGAAAAUGUGAGAUGUGUUAAAAUCCUGUUUCAACUGUCUGACGGUUCAGGUAAAGUCCUUGUUCUGAGGUGGUGACCUGCAUGAGUGUUUCCAUGGUAACAGGACUAACUUGGUUUACAGUCAGCUGACAGGUCUGAGUGCAUCUCUCUGAAAACAGGUGAUACAAACGUGUUCAUUUCCUGCAGGAAGAAUAACUUGCUGCACAGAGUCAGAGCGGUUCAGGUUUUAUCCCCGAACAUGAGAGCAGGUGUUUCAUCGAGGCGUUUUAUUGAACUCCAUUAACACUCGAGUCCUUUUGGACGAGAGUCGGCUCACACACACACACUUUAACCUGAGUGAGUCAGAGUGUGUGUGCAGCUGCAGUCUGGACUCUCUGGAGGAGAUCCAGUCUGAUUACACAGGCCACGUUUGUGUGUCACAUAUCUCACCUCCAUGACGGGGGAGUGAACCAGACUAUCAGAGAAGGAGGGAGGGAGUAAAAGAGGGAGGGAGGGAGAGAGGGGAAAAGAGAAAAGGUGUGUGUGUGUGUGUGUGUGUGUGUAUGUGUGUGUGUGUGUGUGUGUGUGUGUUUGUGUGUGUGUGUGUGUGUGUGUUGUGCAUUGCUGCAGGUCUUCUAGCAAUCAUAAAAAAAACUUAUUCACUUUGGGAUUACAAAACCCAGUGAGUGAGUGAGUGUGUGUGUCUGUGCCUGUGUCUGUGUGUGUGUGCAGUGUUGCUCAACACACUGUGUGUAUGAUGAGGGUGUUGGCUCUUCUUGUGCAGACAGGUGUGCUGCAUUGUGGCUGAAGUUAAAGGGUUCACUCUGUGCCUGAAGUUUGUUGGUUUUGUAAGAUUAAUUUUGUGUUAUUCUGGACGCUGAUUUUCUGCUUUAGUUUUUUUGGUUAAACACCCUCUAGGAUUUUUUGAUUUUUUUCUGAUUGUUUCAUCUAAAUUUGUCUGAUUUCGUCUGGGAUGGAUUCUGUAAUAUAAGCUGUCUAUCUGAGCACACUGCUUGUCCUCUGGGAUCACUUCUGGUUGAUUUAGAAGAAGCUCCCUGAUGAAUUGUGUGUCACCAUCUCUCAGCUUUAGAGGUUUCUAAGCUGCAUUUUCUAACCUCCUCAGAGCUGAAAUUCCCUCUGAAAGACUUUUACCGUCACACAGACGUACUCUGUACUUUUUUUAGGUAAAAUUCGUGGAAAAUGUUGUGAUUCUGAGAAUUUUUCUUCAAAUUUCGUCACAGGGAGAAACUCUGCAGACAAAGCAGCUUUUGUCAGCCAGGUUAUGAGUUUAGUGUCGGUUACCAUGGUGACGCACCCAAGUUAAGGAAGAACCAGAGAAAACUCAGACUUCAGGCUCUGAUCUGGCUUCAUGCUUCAGUCCCCUGGAGAAACUUGAGGGUUAGUGUGCAGCCCUAAUAACCACUGAACCAUCAUGUGGCGUUAUGAAUCCUCUCCGUUUGGUUUCCUCCGCUGUAAUGUCCAGAUCUAAAGCUGUCAGACGAACGCUUUGUAGCUGUUUAUAGUGAUCAGAGUGAGAGGAACCAGGUGAGAGGAGUGAGAACAGGCCUGACGGGAUCUGUGGCUUUCAGUUGUGACCUUAAUCAGACAGUGUGACCUCAUUCCCACACACACACACAUAAAGAGCCUUUAGGCGGCGUUUUUACAGAGUUACAUUAGCCUGCAGAGAGGUGAGUCAUGUGACCAAAGCUUCAGUUUGUGUGUUAACCUGAGAGACGCUCAUUCAUCCAAACAGAUCAGUUACUUUUGAAUAUUCAGCAGUGAUUCAGACUUUUUCCUCCUCUUUACCAGCUCUGAAGUGUCUCUUUUCAGGUUCAUCUGAGUUUGUGUUCAGAAAAACAUCAACGUUCAGUUAACCUAAGUUUGAUUUAAUGGAUCAAGUGUAAAUAAAGUGUUCUAUGGUCGCUUUUUUAGUGGUUAAAAUGUAAAGACAGGGCUCUCUGUUUACACUUUUACCACUAAACGGGCAACCAAAGUCCCUUUUGCUUUCUCUCUUAAGUAGAUAAAAUGUAAAAAAGUACCCACUGGUUGCUAUUUAUAAAUAAUUUAAUGUUAACAAAGUUCUUUCUAGCUGCCACUUUAGGGUAUAAAAUGAAAAUAGAGAGCCUGGUAGGUGAUUAAAACAUUAAAUUUGCGUUUUCUGGUUUCUCUUUUAGUGACUGUGUAAACAAAGAGCCCUCUGGUUGCUCAUUUCAGAGGAUAAGAUGUAAACGAAGUGCCUCUGUUGUCCUUUUAGGAAGGGAAAUGUAAGCUAAGUCCCCUCUGGUAGUCUUUUAGGGCGUCAAAUGUAAAUGAAGUCCGCCCUGGUUGUCUUUUAAAAGGGGGUAAAUGUAAACAAAGGGCCCUCUGGUAGUCUUUUAGGGUGUCAAAUGUAAACAAAGUCCCCUCUGGCUGUCUUUUAAAAGGUUAAAUGUGAGCAAAGUCCCCUCUGGUUGUCUUUUAAAAGGUUAAAUGUAAACAAAGUCCCCUCUGGUAGUCUUUUAAAGGGGGUUAAAUGUAAACAAAGGGCCCUCUGGUAGUCUUUUAGGGGCUUAAAUAUAAACUAAGUGCCCUAUGGCUGCUCUUUAUGUGGUCAGGGUAUAAAUGAAGUGCCCUCUGGUCGUCUUUUAGUGGAUAAAAUGUAAAUGAAAUGCUCUCAUAUUACUUUUUUAAGUGCUUUUGUAGUUAAAAUGUUAACUAAGUGCCCUCUUGAUAUCGUCAGCUGAUUAUAUUCUUGAUUAUUUUACAAGAUGAUAAAGAACAGGUGACCGUUGAUGGGAUCUUAAGUUACAUUCGAGUUCAGAUGUGUAACGAUCUCUGUUCUGGAUUGUUUAGGAUCAAUAUUUGACUGAUGUUUUUUUUUUUUUUUUUUUAGCCAGUUCAGUUUUAUCUGCUCACCUGUGGUGAUGUUUGGAAAUAAGUCACUAAAGCAAAAGUUACCUGUAAACAGACACUAUCAAUAGUUCGUGAUUGAGUAAAAAAAUCAGAGAAACACCGACACCCUAAAUAUAAACGACAGCAGCCCUCGGUUUUCUCAGGAGGGUUUGGAUCCGUGUGUGAGGGAGUAAGAAAGUCUCCCUGUCUGUGACACAUUAACUAAGAGGCUACUCCUGCCCGGGACCACAAACCACACUGAAACACACACUCUGACACACUUAGACUCUCACACACUCUCUCUUUCACUCUCUCUCUCCUUUCUCUUUAGUCCUCUUGGUUGCCAUGGCGCUGAGUGUCAACAACAGUCUCUGGUCCACUCGGCUGUUUGGACUCUGACAGCUGAUAGAUGUUUGGUUUCAGUCUAGCAGGAUCGUGUGUGUGUGUGUGUGUGUGUGUGUGUGUUCAGGCCUCGCUGCUUUUUCCUGAAACUCAUCUCUCUGUUUCUGUUUUUCUUUUGCUGUCCUCAUGGUUUUUCUCUUGUAGCCGAAGUGUGUUUUUCUUCCAUUUUGGAGUUUCUCUUUCUCUCUCUGUCGUCACCUCCUGGCUGCAGAUUCAGAUCUUAUUUUCGGUGUUUCAUGUGGUCGCUAAGAUCCAAAAUUAGCCUCCACACACUGACCUUAAAACAGACUGUCUGAAAAAAAAAAGGUCAAAACACGAGCUCUGAAACUGACAUUUAAAUCAUUUGGCGGUAAACGCUGCAACGGUCCGCCCUACAUGGCCUGAUCAUAUUUAGUGGAAGUGUUCGGACUCUCCGGGCGUGUUUUAAUUGGAUUUUGCAGAUUUAAUAACAUGGGCUGCUCAAUUCUGUAAUUUUGCACAUUAUCUGAGGAUAUAUCUGAGGAGACUAAUAUUGGAUUAUUUCUUUCUGUUUUCUAGUUGCAAUAAGAAAAUUAGGGUUAGGGUUAAGAAAUACCAGAAGAGAGAGAGAGAAGUCACGAAUUAACUAACGAAUUAACAGAUUUGACUUUCAUAUACUCAGUUGUUUCAGCGAUAAAAAUUAAUCUUCUUAUCAAACUAACACUGUCUUUUUCUGCAUUUUCACAUUCCCCUGAUGUCCAUGUGCUGCAGGUGUAGAUGCUAAAAGUUCACUGAGGUCCUGUGCAGAAAUCCCCCGAUGUUAACAAGCACUGAGACGAGCAGACCACAUGGUCAUGAUCAAUGUCAAACUUAGUUGAGUGUUUUUAUAACGGUGUCUGAACUCGCAUGCAGAAAUGUGACCACGUAGUAAGAUACAAUAAAUAUCAGUCGGUUCCUUUGUGUGUUUAAGUAAGCGGCUGCAUUUAAGUGAUUUCAGAUCAAUGUUUAGAGUAAAUUAACUGCGGAUAAUGAGGAAGUGCUGACUGCAUGAUGUGUUGAAGGUCAUGUGACAGUCUUCAAUCAUAUUUGCAGCUUUAAAUGUUUGGAUUUUAAAACAUCUUGUUUUACAGUCAUAAUAAAAAAAAACAAAACAGAGGAAACUUAAAAAAAAAAACAGGAAGAUGUAACGAACUUCCCUAACAUUGUAUUUUUUUUUGUAGCCAGUUUUUGUAAUUCUGUUUAAAAAGUAAAGUAUAGCAAUCUCACACAUCAGUUAAAAUGUUGCAUGGGGACAUAUGUUUAAAAUACAUGGAUUCUUAAUGAGUUUUUUUUUUUUUUUUUGUGCACUCUGUGGGUGAAAACCCUGAUGGUAUCUGGUUCAGCUGAAACUGAUUUGGCAACAAGCUGAUUCACCUUCCUGACGGUCAGAGAAGACAAAGACGCAGACAGAGUGAUAAAUAACAGGGAGAUAAAAACUGUCCCAAGGUCAGGAUGGGAUGAGCCACAUUCUAACUGUUGCCCCGGCAACCUUAGUAAACAAAGUCAAUGAUUGGCAGGAGUUUACCGGAGGGGGGAGGGGCUUUUAAAAAGGAAGUGUCACACAGCUCCAGUGACCCCGAGCUGCCUGAGGCUGCGUUCAGGUUCAUGUGACGGAGGAAGGAGGAAAAUCUUCUUCAUUUGACGCCUCAGCUGUGUGAAGUAAAAUUCAGAGAAGUACUGAAGGGAACCCACUGUCCUCCUCUUCUUCUGUUAUUUUCUGUGUUUCCCAGCUUUCUCACACAGAGGCCAUCCUGACCGCCAAGUCCUCUGAACAUUAAACGUGACCUCAUCCAAUCCUUCGUCCAAAACUAAGUAUCCCUUUAAGAGUGCGUCAGACUGUUUAAGGCUCAGUAUCCAACGUUGGGAGACAUUUCCAGUCAAACUAAACAAUCUGCUGUAGUAAAGGGGAAGUGAAGACAGGAGAAGUUUUCUUUUCCUUUGGAAAUUACAUCCAUAAAGACUCUAAUGUGCUCCUGCAGUCUAAGUUCUCCCAUAAGUCAUAGCUGGCAGAGGGUCUGAAUUGGACAUGUUCUUCCUCACUGACCCACAAACCUCACAGCUCCUUCGCUCGCCGAGUAACCUGUUUACUUUCUCGCCUCUUUGGUUUCAGUCCUUCAGGGUCAAAAUUUAAAAAAAAAAUGUUUUCAGGUUUAUAUCCGGAGGCUCAAACCAUCAAAUCAAAAUCAAGAUUCUGUCAAGAUAAUGAUCAUAAUCACGAUCAGAUCGAGACUUGUAUCGACCUGCAGGAAGGUCCAACCAGGGAUCAUGUAACCUGAUGAAAAGGCCAGAAUCUGUGUUUUGAUUCUCCACCAUGACGGCGGCUUUUGAGGGAUGGUUUCAGAGGAAUGAACGAAGCGUGACUCGUGGUUUUAGAGCAAAAACACAUUUUCAGGGGGAGAACAAAACUUGAGGAUAAAAACACGCAGAGAGAGAAAGAGAGAGAGAGAGAGAGAGAGAAAGAGAGAGAGACGCUGAAUGUAGACGGUGUAAAAUGAAUCUCUGCUGUUGAUUAGAUCAUAAAUAUCACACCAGCUAAUAAAUAAAGAUUUCAUAAACAGACAGAUUUCUUUAAUGCUUCAUUUUUAAACUGUUUGCAUCUUCACUUUUUUAGACUGGAAACAUGAUCAUGAUUGUCCCAAAGACUGUGGCAGAGCAAACGACCAUUCAAACAAAACAGGGCAUGGUCUAGACCGGCUCUAAAGGUGUCUAAAGAUGACAUUUAUGUAAAUGAAGGGUGUAUAAUUAAAGGUUGAAUGAUUCAUUUUAAAAGGUUAAUUGUUUUUUCUUCAACAAAUGUCUGAAGAUUUUCUGUCAACAUGAAGUCGACGCAAAAUGACCUGAAAAGGUUAAAUAGGUUCAGAUGUUUAAAGUCAUCUUGGGUUUCUUUUACACCCGGGGUUAAAUUAUGACACAUGAUGUCACACCAGAAACACGCCAUACUGUCACUGACUUCUGUGCAUGCAGAGUUUGCAUCUGUGUUGGACGGUUGUAAAAUGUAAACAUGAUCACGGUGUCCUCCAGUUUGUCCAGGACAUCUCAGUAAACUUCACGCUCCGACCUUCCAAACAAAAGAUGAGGCGAGUCGUGUGCAAAAGAACAAGAAAUUCAUUUAAACGAGGGGUGUACCGAUACAACUUUUUUACUUCCGAUACUAUACCGAUAUUGUCCAAUAAGAAUCGUCAUGGUGCCAUUCUGGGUUGUCCCAAUCAUCCACUUAGAUGCGAGUUUGAGCUUUUACCUUCAGGCCGUCGUUUUAGGGCCCCCAUGAGGAGGACUAAAAGAUUUCAGGUCUCUUUUAUCUCCAGUGCAAUUUAUUUAUUGAAUAGCAGUCGACCCUCAGGCUGCUCAUGUUGUCUUGCACCAUUAUUGCUCAUUUGCACACAUUGCACUUUUAAUUACUUGGUAGUAGUUUUUCUCCAUUUUUGGUAUGAGCUCUGGACUGAAUUUUAGGUGGUUUUGUGUUUCUGAUAUUGUGCUGUUAUGUUUUUUAUUGUUCUAUGUUUUUUUUAAUUUAUGUUGUCAUUGCGUACUUGUCUUUUGUGAGCCCUGUUGCAAAACUAAUUUCCCUUUACGGGACAAUAAAGAGAUUCUGAUUCUGAUUGUAGCCCUUAAUAUUGACUGAUACCGAUAUUGAUCUGAUAUUGGCACAAAAUUGUGUAUGACAAAUUUUGCACUCAGCUGCAACGUCUUUUUCAGACUUAAACACAAAAUACUGCCACAAGGCCGACAUCACUGCUACUCUUUGCUAAACUGUUGUUGUGAUUACGUGAGCUCUACAUGCUGGAUCUGGGUGCUGCUAGAUAGAGGUGCUGGAGUGGAGUCUGGAAUGGACUGCUUGUAUCAGAGUGCUGUUAUCAGAGCUUUUAGAUGCAGGUUGAAAUAAUCCAAUAUUGAUUUUUUUUCUGAUAUAAUACCAAUAUCCGAUAUUAAUAUCAUAUCGGGACACCCCUAAUUUAAACUGAAGCAAAAGGAGUGAUUUCAGCACCUGUGUCAGUGGUGCAGGCAUGCACAGGUGCAUGAGUGUGCAAAGCAUGAAGGCGAUCCAAACAUUCACUAUUAUAUUUGAUUCUGAUAUUUUGCAGCACAGACUUAGAGUGAAUUAAAAGUCUGGCAGCAUCGUGUAAAAGAAGGACGAGCAGAAUUUUUAAUCCUGGAGCAGCGACUUCCUCUCUAACCUCCUCUUCCUCUCUAACCUCCUCUUCCUCACUGCUUCUGUCUCUGAUCACUUUAGUCAGCUGGACUCUCCGUUGACUUUACCAGAUCAUGUUGAACACACUCACAUGUUAAUUGGUGCCGUUUCUGAGCAGAAGAGCUUCCCCUGAACGUAACCAUCUGUGACAUGCUGAAAACAGACAUGAGGUGACUCUGCCAAAAGCCUCAUUCAGGUGUGACUAAACCAUAAAGAGGGGAUUUCAAACACAUACUUGAUCAGCUUUAGAGGGCAGGGCGGACUCUUUAGGUAGACAUUCGCUCAUGGAGGAAUCCUCAGAUCUCCUGCUGGGAAACAAAGAAAAACCACUUGGUGCUGCUGGACCAGACAAAACCUGUUUGAUUUGAUCCUUGAAGAUGUUUGAGAGUCUGAAAGUUUCUGCUCGGAUCUUCUUAUCCCACACUUCAAGGCCGUACAGUCAGAGAGACGACACACUGAACCUCUGUUAGCUGCACACAAGGUAACCUGAGAGCGGCCGGGAUAUAGGCUUACACACACACACACACACACACACACACACACACACACACACACACACACACACACAGACAGAGUCCUGGGCCUGCAGAGAAAGCCCCUUUGUUGGGUUCAGGUCUGCAUGUUGCAGCUUUGUGCUGUUUCUGCAGACUGGAUCUUACAGGAGCAGAUCUGACUGAAACUCUCUGGAGGAGAAACUGUGAAAGGAUUAACUGGAUGAAGUCAGAUUGUUCUGUGUUUAAAUCCGACCCGAUCCAGCCCACCAGAACCAGAGGUUCACGGAAAUGAGUUUUCACAGAGCUACGCCUUUUGUCCUUUUACCGGUCGUCUCGUCAUCUUACAGAAGUUUGAGUCCUCCUGAAGCUGAACUGAUGUCGUGAUGUUGCUUCAGUCAUUGUGUGUCCUCUGCAGGAUCGUCUUUGAUGUGGAGGCUGUAAUCGUACACACACACACACACACACACACACACACUCACACACACACACACCUCUGCUGUCUGCUGGCAGAUGAUGCAGACAUGCCGCUGAGUCAAAGACUAAAUAUUUGGUUAAUGAUGAUGAUCAGGAUACGAAAGAUGACAGAGAAGCUUUAUUCUCAGCCCUUUAUUUCUCUCUCUCUCUCUCUCACUCACACACAUAAACAUCAAAACCUGAGCUCAACAUUUAAACAAACCCACACUCCAGCUUCCCGAGUGCUGAUCUGUGUUUGUGAGUGUGGUGGUGGCGGCGGUUCAGUGAGGAUUGUAUGGUGAUAAUCAUCCUGGGGAACCUCCUGCAGCCUGGCUCCUUCACAAACAUUUCAAACUUUUCUUUCUUUCUUUUUUUUUACUCACUCAUGUUGUAUUUCUUUCCCUGUUUUUGACUUUUUUCUUUUCCCCUUUUCUUCCUCGCAGUCCUUACUGCAGUCCUGGAUUCAAGUCCAGUCCUGUGACCCACAUAAAUACAUAGAAAAAAGAGGUUCAGUUUAAAAGUAACUGGAAAAUAUCCUGUGACGAAAUUGCAAGACAAUAACAAGACUAAUUUGCUGCAGCUGAUGCAAACGAUGCAGCGUGAGGAUUUAAAAUUUACAUGUUUAUUCAUUCGACUUAAAAAAAACACAGACUCACUCAGGAAAUUAGCUUUAAGAUGAUGAAUCCAAGUACCAGACAGAGCAGUAUAGUACCAGACACAGAAGCAGGUUUUAACUUCACCCAAAUCAAGAAAACCACAUUUACAAACCAGAAUAAUGAGAACAGGACCUGAAAGAGCGAUCGCGUUAUUAUCACUCAAAUGAAGAGGACAGAACCAAACAAACAGACGUGACACAGCGAGACUGAGGGGGUCAUGUGUGAUGGUUUGGGGAUGAGCUGCACCUGCACGCUUGACUCAUAGGUGGCAGAUCAGACUCAGAGACUCCAUAUGGAGUUUUUAUCAGUUUUUUCAUUGCUGCAGGAAACAGAAAGAUGCUGCAGCAGCUUCAUUUAGACAAAAAAGCAAACCUCAGUUUUCAUUUCAAACUUAAACAUGUUCACGCUGUCGGUCCUUAUAUUGGACUCUAAAUAAAACACCUUGACCUACUGGAGUUUAGUUUCUCCUCUAAACUGAAUUUUUACCUCUUCUUUUUUUUCCAUAUAUAUUUUGUUUUGUUUCGCUCUCAUGUUUGUUUCCCUUAUCGUUUUCUCCUGUCUAAUCUUCAUCCUCCUCUUCGUCUUCACCACAUGGCCCGUCUGGCUCUGAUGACAUCAUAGCCUGGGAACCAGCAGGGUGAGGUCAUCAGAGGCUAAACGCUGCAGUGUGUUUGUCAGUGUGUGUCCUGUUUAUGCAUGCAGACGUAAUGCCAGAUGUGUGUGUGUGUUUGUGUGUUAAUGACAGGGAAGCGCAGCAGUGGUUACUCAGCUCUUUUGUGGUCCUCUUGCAUUUUUCACAUGGAGCUCUGCUGUCUUUUAACACAGACUGGUUUAUUAUUCAGACUUGUUUUGUCAACUUAAACGUUUUGUCUUUCCUUCGGAGGAUGUCCGAGGAAGUUUCACAUCUUUUAACGAGACUGUAAUCUUCUUUAACUUCUCUUCUCUAACACGUAUUCUUGAUUGAAUGGGAAAACUUAAACGCCUUAGCUUAUUAUACAUGUGGUGUGCCACAAAGCUCAACGCUCGGCCCACUGUUGUUUUAUUUUUAGAUGUCUAAAGUAAGCUGACGACUAAGGCUGCACGAUAUUGGAAAAAAAUAAUAUUGCGAUUUUUUCAACCCUGCGAUAUAUAUUGCGAUAUUAAAAAUACAGUAUUUUCACCAGAUGACCUGAAUAGCACUUAAUGUUAUGCUGCACUGCUGAAAUCUUGAGGACAGUUAAUCUGCUCUGAUCUUACCUCUUUUUGUGAAUGUUAGAAUGGCUUCUGUCUGUCUCAGAGAUAUUUUUAGCUUUUAUUGUGCUGGGACGUUAUUGUGGCAACAGAUGAACACAGAAGACGUGUUUUGGUCGACAUCAUCCUUCUUUUAACCGAAAUAAUUCCAGAUAACCGACUUUCCUUUUCUUUUUGGCAACAAAUCUUCAUUUUCGGAGGUUUUCUCUUGUUCGUUGUUCAUUUUGCGAUCGUUGUUGUUGUUGUUAGCGGUGUUGUGCCGAGUAACGCAUGUCCUCCGAGAAUUGCAUGCACCUCGCAAAACGCGCACUGCUUAUAGUAGAGUGGUCCACGGAAAUGUACAAUUUAAAACCCAUACAGUUCUUAUUUGUUGGGCUUAAUAGUCAUGAGUAAAGUUCCGAAAGUAAUUCUCAGCGGACACACGUCUCCCUCCAUGUGCAGAACAUGUGCAGGGGUGGGUUUUCUCCUCCCUGAUUUUGAUUGACAGCUGGCAGGGUAGUCUGAUUGGCAACUGAGAAGUGAGUCUGAUUGGCAACUGAGUUAAGGACGAAGGCGAUUGGUGGAUCGCUGCACAGCACAUGCAGAGUCACAUGGAGUGUAUCUCAGUCGGUUACCCUUGAAAUUAAAUGAGUUCAUUCACCUCCAAUAUCGCAGGCUCUGCGAUGUGACUAUCGCACACGUACAUCGCGAUGACGAUAGUCAAACGAUAUAUCGUUCAGGCCUACUGACGACCUUAUGAAUCUUUUAUUUAGCUGCCGCUGAUUCAAUCUCUGCCCGUGUUGUGAAAAUCAGACCUGGUCAGAGUUUAAUUGAAGGUUCCUUUCAUAGGGAAGGACAGUGGCUGUCAGCGGAGCAGACGGUUCCUGUUUGUGUUAGUGAUUGUGUUAUUCAGUCUGCUGUUUAACAGGAGACCCGCGGGUCUGAAAUCUGGUUUGAGUUUGUGCAGCUCGUGUUCUGGAGGGAACAGGAGUUGGAUCAUUUAUCAUGCAGCUCAGCCACAAACUUUGAUUAUUUUUACUUUUACGUAAAUAGUUUCAAAUGUGUCACUUCAUCCUCCAGGGAGGUUUCCUGCUUUUGUUUUGUGUUUUCAAUGAGUGUCAGUUCAGAGCUGCUGCUGCUGCUGGAUUUCUCUGCUCGAUGAACUGGAAUGAACUUAGCAAACAGCUUCUUUAAGAGCCGGGAAGCCUGGAGCGGUUUCUGUUCUUAGUUGCAGUAAAUUUGACUGUUUUGGUUAUUUAAACUUAACUCUCACAUCUACUCAUCAAUAUUCCCUUUUUUCUGCACAGAGAGCUCUGUUUACUUUUCAAACAAAGGAUGGAAAUGUUAAAACUGAGUCUUUUCUGAACACUUGCCAUGUCAUAUACAGCUCUUGUUGUUUGAUUAAAACAGAAGGUAAUGUUUGUAAAGCACCGAAACUCAGUAUGUAAAUAAAAAUGGUGCAAAGACAACAUAUAAAGUAUCGGCACUGAGAGACUGCGUAGGCAUGCAGUUCAAUGGUUUUAUAAUAAAGUCCCUGAGUGGAUUUUAUCAUCUACAGUUCAUGAUAUCAUUACAAGAAUCAAAGAAAGGACAACGCCCCAAACCAGCACUUUAUGACCAUCAUCUGCAUUAAAAACAGACGUGACUCUGUACUGUAAGUCACCACAUAGGCUGAAACUCACUCUGAAACUCCAUUGUCGGUGAACAGUUUGUCACAUUAUCCAUAAAUGCAUAAAUGAAAACCUCUCCUAACUCCUCUGCGCCUCUUGUUUAUUUUGUCGUAUUGUAAAUUUGCUGUCGCCCUCAUUAAUUCAAACAAAACAAGAUCUUACAAAGUUUGAAUCCCAGCUUCAGUUUGCAGUGUGAAAAUUGUGAGACAGUAGCGACAAAAAAACUCAGUGUUGACUUCUUAAUUGUAGUCAGGGUGGUAUAAAGUGUGGCCCCCCCAACCACAUCCAGACUUCCUAACGUUCUGGUUUCUCAGUCUGAGGUCCCCUGGUCUCCAUAGUUUUGUCCAGCACCGGACUUGUUCGGGUUCAUUAUUCUCCUCGGUUCAUUCACUUCUUUGAUUCUCUGUGAGCGAGCCUGAAAGACACGAGAGCAGCUUUCCCUCCAACUUUGAUCUUUCUCGCUCUUCGUCUCUGCAGCUGUUUGAAUCCCACCAGCGACCAGAUUAAAGAGAGAGAGAGUCAGAAUGACAUACAAUCUCUAUCUCGUUCGCCCCUCAUUAACCAAAUCAAAGCCUCCUUCUCGCCGUCUGUAAUCUGGUUCUUUUUUGGUGGGUCGCCCCCUCUGAGCCGCUGCUGCAUGACUCAUGUGACUCUUAUUAGGCUGCACCGUUAUUACAACGAUGCAUCAUGUGGUGAUGUCAUCAGUGGGUGCCACAGUUUGGGAGUGGCGACAUGAUGCGAUGGAGGAAGACUGCAGGCUUUCCUGGAGCGGAGGUCACAUGUUUGACCUUUUGGAGAAGAUUUGAGGUGAUCGGUCAUUUUCAAACUUCUCUGGAGACCUAAAGGAUCAGUACACCCAAAUUAUUAGAAACAUACCGUCUCACUUACCUCCAAAUAAUGAGCAACAGUGAGGAAAUCUGCCUCCACCCGAGUGUGACGGGGGCUCAUAGUGGUGCUCAGAGUGAUGACAGUCAGAUAAUGUCUUUUUUCAUAUUAAGAGACUGAUGUCAAAUAUUCCCAUGAGCACCAUUUCUCCAGGAGAUCUCUGUUGGAGAAGUACAGCGUCUUUAUACCCACACUUAAAGGAAAUUUAAAGGGGUAUUUCACAGUUUUUAAGUGGGGUUGAGUGGGUUUACAUGUCCUUCGUUAGUGUGUGUUCAGGUUUUAAUCUCACUCUCACACCUGGGCGGAAAACUGAUGAAGCGGUCAGCUGCUGAAGGUGGUGGUUCACUUUGAUGGACUUUUGUUGUUGUGGUGAUUUUCACUUCACAGCACAGAGUGUGUGUGUUUGUGUCAGAGUAGUUGUUAACCCCUCAGUGUGUUGAGUGAAGCCUUUGUCGGUAGCAGAGGGUGUGUGUGUGUUUAUGUCGGGUUUAAGUUACGUGUUUGCAGAGAGAUGUUUAAAGGUUAUGGAAGGGAACGUAUGCGUGUGUGUGUGUGUGUGUGUGUUUGGGUGGCUUUUGUUCCACUGCCACCAUCCACCGGGUCCUUUGAGGGGAGGGGGCUGAUAAAUAGUGUGUGCACUGAAUUGGGGGGUUUGUGGGUGGUGUUAUGAUCUCAUCGCUGGGGAAUGUGUGUUUGUGUGUGUGUUGCACAGGUCAAACCCUGGGUACACACACACACACACAUAAACGUAGUUAAUCCACAUCCUGUUGACUGCAGGUACCUCCUGUCCAGCUUUCUAAAGAGUUUUUUUUUUAACUUCGUUCACUGUAACCUCCAAACUUUGACCUGUUUGAGCUUGAAGUUGUUUUAAGAUGAGGCUGAACUUUUACAGGUUACAGAUGACGCUGCUGAGCUGUUUUGUUUUCGUACGUCACUUCGUGUUACCGAAGAGGUCAGUUGUCAGAUCAGUUAUCUUAGAUGGUAAAAAGUUCAAAACACCAGUCACUUUUUAAAGUAAACAUUUGCUAAAAGCAUUUCAGUAAAGUUUUGUCAGGAGUUGGUUUUAUUUUAAAUUCUGAUAUUUGACAAAAAGUUAAAGUCACUAUAUUCGUUUGAAAAAUCAGCCGUGAACUUGAAUAAUUGAUUUCUGUAUCAGCCUUGAAAAUCAAUAUUGGUUUACCCCUUAAUUUAUGAUGUAAUCAUAAUAACAGCCAUCAUUCAGGCACUUUAUGAACCAGUGUUUCAUUAUAUUAGAUUAUAAAGUAGAUUUCAUAGCAUGACUGAUGUUAAACCACGUCCCUGAACAGAAGUCAGUAAGUGCUUUGUGAGCACAAUCAUUGGUUAAAAAAAUCCAUUAAUUGGUCUGAUUAAUUGGAAAUCUCUAGUUUUAAUAUCACUGCAACAAGAAUCAACUCCCAAGUCACACAAAGACGAACAAAUCUGAACAUUUGUGCAGAAAUGUGGAUGUGCUGUCAAGUCAAAGUUGUGGCUUUUUUUUUUUUCUUGCUUUUAUUGAGAGAAAGGAAAGUGUGUGUGCGUGUGUGUGUGUGUGUGUGUGUGUGUGUGUGUGUGUGUGUGUGUGUGUGUGUGUGUGUAUAUGAGGGGGUGUGAUAUGAAUUACAGGGCUGCCUCGCCUUCCACGAUGGGCUGAACUGCACCUUGUCACCGUUAUGUGAAAAAUCUGAAAAUAACAUGUUACUUCUGUCUCUUUACGUCCUGUCAAUCAAACAUCGCAGCUUUGUCUUUUUUUCCGUCUCCUUUACUUGAACAUCGAAACUACGACUGAAGAUAAUUCGACUUUUCUUGACCUCAGGUUCACUUCUAGAGAAACUUUUACUGAACUUUUCAAGCGUCUUGCCACCUGCUGCAUUUGGAUGACAAACAGAUGACGGCGUGGUGCGCCGGUGUUUGACGGCGAAUGUUUAUCAGGAUGGUGGUUGGCUGACAUCAGCGUGACGAUUGGCCUCAGGCGUCGACCGUUCUCUUUUAAACUGCAGAAAAUUGCAGGUUAGGAGGCUGAACAUGUGCGUCUGAGAGGUGAUGUAGUCAUCAUCAUGCGGAGGAACAGCUGUUGUAAUGAGGGGCAGCAGUUGUUGCCUUUAAGGGGCAGGAGAGAGAGAGAGAGAGAGAGAGAGAGAGAGAGAGAGAGAGCGAGAGAGAGAGAGUGAGAGAGAGAGAUACAGUUACCUGACAGAGAGAUGGUUCACCUGGAGGAAAGGUGUGACUGGAUUUCUCAGAUUCUUUGUGUUUACAUUGAGACAAAUCUUUCCAUUGGAAUUCAAUACAACACACCUGCGUGUGUGUGUGCAAUUUGACAGACAUGUAAACUCAGGGUCAUUAGUUAGCUGACCACAAGAAAGUAAACAGAGUGCCUCAUUACCUGACGUACUUCCACUGUUUAGAGUUCUAAAUAUAAAAGUCUCGGCAAUCACAUCUGUUUACUCUCUGAACUCUGUAGUGGAGGCCACCAGCGCUCACCCGGGUGUUUUUAAAUGUGCAAAGUCAUCUCUUAUUGUUUAAUUUUGUAGAAUCAGUGAAAAGUUAAGUGAAAAGUUAUAGUGGUGCUUUUUAGCUGUUUAAAAAGGAGGAUGAAGACAGAUGAGGUGGUAGAAAAACACUUAAACAAAAGAGGCCAGUGCUCCAGGAGAGCUCGCAGCAGCAAACACAGAAACAAGGAUAAAAUUCAACCUAAAACCUCUUUUGCACCAGCAUUGUUAUACUUUAUAUCCCCCUGUGUACAAUGUAGUGAAGUCACCUGUAGAGAUUGGCAAUAUGGGCUAAAAAUUAUAUCACAAUAUUUACAUUUUAUCUUGAGAACACCAGUUAGAGUAGUCAAAUAAGAUACUCAACCACAAGUUUGAGUGGUAGGUUAUAGAGAAAACUAAUGACCUCAAACAAGUCUCAAAUGUGAAAACUCUUAUUGCACAGAGUGAGCAGCAGCAGAUCCACUGUUCAAUGUCAGGCAUUGCACUCAUCUAAACCCCAAUCCCUCAUGUGGAGCCUCGUUCAGUAACGAGCUGCUCAGAAACGUCUUCUUCACUACCUUCGGCCAUGAUGUUUGUUAUUCUGCUCUGUGUGGGCUACGGCUUUCUCAUGGAGGUUUUUUCUGACGAUAUAUUGUUAACAAUAAGUUAUCACCCAUCCUUAGUCACUAGUAUGAUGGACUGAAAGAUGAGACUUAGUUUUACUUUCUAAAGGUAUGAAAGCUCCCACAGGCUUUUAUUUUGAAGGCAGAUUCAAACAGGAUGAUGCAAACAAGUGUUUCUUUAGGUUGGAAGUCAUUCUUUCUUAUUUGUGACUUUUCUGUGGUUCGUUAAGUCCGUUAAACCUGUGGACUGGUCAUUAGUUGGCUGAGUUAAUCAGAUUAUAAAUCUGAGUGUAGUUCUCAGCCUGUUUGGAUCAUUGAGCAGGUAUUUCUCUGCUCUGUUCUUGGCUCAUUAUGUAACUUCCUGUGCAGGGCGGAGGGUGUGCCCCGCUGAUAAGAAAGGCAUUCAGCUCCAACCUGGUUCACCUUUACACACACACACACACACAUGCACACGCAUGCACACGCACACUUAAUCUCUCUCCUCCACUCCGGUCUUAUUCUUCCUUUGUCUCUAAUAACCCCCCACCCCACCCGCCCACCCCCAUCAGUGUGUCUGUGUUGCUCUUUUGAAUUGUUGCGUCACCGUGGUAACCAGCUAACAAAUCAGCAGGUAUCCGCAGUGAUGGUGGCUGCCUGACAAGUUCAAAUAUUGUUUAUCUGAUGCUGAAUUGAACGGGGACCUUUUGUGAAUGGGUGUGUGUUCAGAUUAAUCAGUGAAUGAAUGAAACAGGAGGUGGCUGUAGAGUGGUUUUUUUUUUUCUGACCUCUACAUGAGCCUCUGACGGUUUAAGCUUUGAAAAGUGAGCCUUCACAAGUGCUACAGAGGGUUUAGGUUAGGAGAGGAGGGUACAGGAACAUGUAUUUUGGUUCUUUUUUUAUGUAGGGGACCUUGUGGGACAAAAACCGUGAUAGGUGUAAAAAGAAAUAUUCUGCAUUUGAUAUUUAUUCAAACUGAUCCACUCCAACACAUCCUGUAAGCAAAGAAACUUCACCCAGUCUCUGAAACCACAGCUCUAAAGUCAAGUCUCUCACCUGUGGCUGUUUAUUCAGGUUGGGCGGGGCCAACUAGGUCAGUAACGAUCUGAGCAGCAGAGUCAGGCCUCACCUGUCCGGGUGAGUGUGGGUUAGCAUGCUGUUCAGUGUUUACGGCUGUGAUCUUUGGACCAGACCCAGGUCUACACAUCAGUUUGGUUUGGCUGUUGUUGAAUGUGGGCUCCAGAUAAAGUGAGUUAUGUUCAGGUACCCAGACCUGUGAGCCAAUCACACGACGAGUCCAGGAGGGAGGCGGGACCAGGCUUAAAGCAGCAGGAAACACACUGCAGUGGACUGGAGGAGCUGUUUCAACACACACACACACACACACACACACACACACACACACACACACACACACACACACACACACACACACACACACUCUAACCCCAGAACUUGAACCUGGAUUCCACAAAUACUCGUCUAUUGUUGGUUUGUUUUCCAUUUAUCUUUUUUCUUUACUGGAGCCGUCAUACUUCUUCGAACCCCUCUUCCUCUCUCUCUCUCUCUCUGUCUCUCUCUCUCUCGCUCUCUCUCCUUUUGUUUUACUCUUACUCUCCUCCUUUAUGAACAAUAGGCUACCAUGGCGAUAGCCUCGUUACUCACAAAACUGUGUCGACAAGGACACACACACACAUACGCACACAAACAUGCACGUUCACACACUGUUGAGGACUCAGGAUGAACUCUGUCAGAAGAAAAGAACAAAAAGUUUGGUGCUAAAAAUAUAAACUGUAUGUUUCUGUAGCUGCGUACAUAUAUGAAUAAAGUUGUUCUGGAUUUGAAUAAACGGAGCAAAUGAAGGCAGAUCCUGAUUAUUACGAAACGCUGUAAACUGGCCCGAUUAAUCUGUUUGUCUCUGGUUUAAAUAUCUGUUAUAAGGACCUGUGUGUUUGUGUUUGAUUAAUAAAUUAAACUAUUAAACACCAUCGCCCAUGCUAAUUGUCACCAGAAUUACAAACAGGUUACACAAGUUGGUGCUGAUGUUCAAACUCAUUUGUCUUCAUAUUUUCUAGGUUAUAUUUUUAACCUAGACAGAAAAUGUAAUUUGGGGGGUGGAGAGUAGGGGAAGACAUCGAUUCAUGGCCUGGAAUCGAACCAGCAACUGCUGCAAUGAGGACCAUAGCCUCUUUACAUGGGGGGCUUUAGCUGCCAUGCCCUUCCAAACCUGCCAUCAUCACUCACAGACUCCGAUCCUUCAGUUUAAGAGAGGGUUCAUCGGUUUGCUGAGUGAGGCUAACAUUAGCAGAGCCAGCACCACCUGCCUUUGGUCCUGCAUGCAGGUUUACUUCCACAUGUCUGUGUCGGUUAUGCCCCGCUUAGGUCGAGUGAUUAUAACCCAGUUUAAGUAGACACAGCCUUGAUACAACUUUAUCACCAUUUUCUCAAAUUACUGACAAACUAAACAAGAUAUCAUCUGUGCUCGUUUACAUCUGGAUAGUAGAGCAUUAUAGCAUCAUAGCAGCCAAUCGGUGCAGGUUUAGCCCUGGCUGAUGUUGAGUGGCUGCAUUGGUUCUUAGAUGUAACACAUGAAAAUAUAAAUAUAUUGAUGAUUGUGCCCCAACUUUAACAUUUCUUUCUGAGUCUUAAGGAUGGUGAUGUUUCCUGGACCACGUUCACACAAUCUCUAAAAUGAAUCACUGCACUUAUCGAGUUAAACUGAAUAUUUCAGGUUGAAACAGCUACCACUUUAAUGUGCAAACCCUGUUUUUUAAGAGAUAAAAAGCUUUAACUUUAAUCUCAUCAUCAUUUAUUAACUUAACAACCAUGUGGUGACUAAAACAGGAGCUUUGGGUGGAGCUGAGUGUGUUUGCUCAUGAGUGUGUGUUAGUUAAACCCGCUGACUACAUGUGCUCACCGACAGGAUGUUUGCAGGAGAGGCGGCUGUUGGUGACACACACCCACACAUACACACACAUCUACACACUCGCACAGGUGUGGCAGAUCAACCGGAGAGGGCAAAAAAUAGGGAAAAGGAAGGAAAGAGAAAGAUUAACGAGACGUAAAGGUGGAGAGAGUGAAGGGUCAGAGCAGGAAAAGAGAGAAAGAAGAGGGGGAGUGAAGCAGGAU